AUGGCUUCCCAGUUCCUCCGAUUUGUCCACCGGCCCCUCCUCUUCGCCGUACCACUAUGUGCUUCUUAUUCAGUACUACAAGCUAGAAUCAGUUCUCCCAUACGAUGUGACUACGCGUCUGGGCCCCUUCACCCUUCUCUGUCUGAAUUCACACACCAGCAUGGCGACCCUUCAAUGCAGCAGAAAGGAUCUUUCGGCGGUCUAAUCACCGCCGAGACCGCUCGUCAGAUCAGCCUAGGCAGUGCCCUUGGGGUUCUUGCUGGGCUUGGAUUGCGUAUAUUUUCGAGAACAUUGGCGUUUUCCUUUGGUCUGGCCAUUAUAAUCAUCGAGUGGGCGGCAUCAAAGGGAUAUGACAUCCUACCGACGAGUUGGCUUCAGAGGCACAUCACAUCUGUUGACUUCCGGAAACUAACUCACGAAAAUGUGCCUUUCAAGGCCAGUUUUGGGACAACUCUGGCGAUGGCCGCUUUUGCUGAAUUUUAG